ACCCAUGAUGCACCGCGCGCCGUGUCUUUCCCCUCUCUGUUGUAUUUCCUGUAUGGCUCUGCGACGCUUUGUUUGCGUGUCUGCUCCGACAAACGCGGGCUUUAAACUUCACCUCGCUUUACCUCCGGAGCUGCGGAACGAUGGAGUCACUGAGCUGUGAAGUCAGACUGUGAUAUCCAGAGAACUUCGUUGCCCAUAAUUUGAAAGUGUUUGACAAGACUGGACCGUUAAACACCGGACCCGAUGGAGGACACAGGAGUCGAGUUAACGUCGUCUGACCCGGACGCUCUCGGAGCAGACUUUAUCACGGUGGAACUCGAUACCCAGCCCAUCGAGUACGUGGUCAAGUGGGCCGAGGUCGGCUCCAAAUUUACUCUGUCCUGCGUGAAAAGAGAAUCGGACGAGAGCUUUCCGUCUGACCAGCUGGUUAAAACUGAGUCUGACGAACGGUUCUUUGUGCCGUAUGAGGCAGUGUAUGCCGAGUGCGAGGACACGGAAACCGGCCUGAUCGCCUCACAGGAGGAGGAAGUAAGGAGCGUCUCCGAUGUAGAUGAGCACACAGUGCUUGUGAGCACCCAGCUUGGGGAGGAGGAAGAGGAGGAGGAGGACGAUGGCUCGGACAGUGACUGGGAUAAAGGGGGCUCCCAUUCGAGGGGUAGGCCGUACAACUGCCACAUUUGUGGCAAAAGCUACAGCCAUUCAUCCAGCCUGGCUCGCCACCUGCACCUACACUCUACAGGUGACCAUCUGGCCAAUUCCACCUCACCGCUUUCUAAAGCGAGCGGCAAAUCGGAGGACGGGAAAAAGCUCCUUCAGUGCAACUUGUGUGGCGUACGAUGCAACGGCAAACGGCUCCUGGCAAUCCACAAGAAGUGCCACAAAAUCAAGAGACUGCACACGUGCAAUGCAUGCGGCAAGUCGUUCAACCACAGCUCGAGCCUUUCGCGCCACAGGCUGAUCCAUAAAAAAGGCCUUGAUAAACUAAAGCCACUCUACACGACACCUACGCCGGUGCCCAUCGUAACCCAUCAGAACCGCCCGUCUGGCUGUGGAUCAAAGAAAAAGAAGUCACAGCAAGCAGAAAGCAAAUUUGCUGUGGGUGAGAAGCAGUACCAGUGUACUCAGUGUGACAUGGUGUUCAGCACAUCCACCAAUCUGUCCAAGCACCAGGUGUCCCAUGUGCGGCAGCUGCUCAACUCUUACACACAGGGCAGAGACACACUGGACAAGUCCUCAGACCUGAAGAUCCGCUUGAAGCUCUGCUCACGUGACAAACCCAAUUACUACACACUGUGUAAGAAGAAUAAGCGCCGCAAAGGGGGUAAGAAAAGGCUGCCAUUGGCAGAUGAUGACGACGACGACGAUCAGCCAUAUACGGGCUGUGGCGUCGCCCUCGCCAAGUUUGAGCAAACGCACGUAAGUGACAGGUGCUACACCUGCAAUGUGUGCAAGAAAACCUUUGUACGCUUGUCCAACCUAAAGCAGCACCAGCAGACGCAUGCCUCUGGCAAGCUCUACGAGUGCCAGCACUGUGGGAAGACCUUCGUCCAUUCAUCCAGCUUCUCUCGCCACAAGAAGGUCCAUUCUGGGUUAAAGCAGGCGCCUAAACAAUGUAAGCGUGAGAUGAUCGACGAGAGUGCACCUCUGGAGUCCGAGUCUGAGUGAGAGACCCUCAAGUUCCAGGACUGUCCAAGCACAGCUUAAGGAAAAGUCCUUAUUUUUGUGUCCUCCCUUUCUCUUUAUUUUUUCCCCAACUUUUUCUUAUUUUGGUAAAGGACAAAUAAUUUGGCAUUGCUCUCAUUGUGAAGUGGGUGUGAUGUCACUGGCUGUGUGUUGUCAGCAAUAGGCGUCAAUAUAAUAAUAAUAAUAAUAAUAAUAAUAAUUUUUCCUUUGAGAUUUUUUUUUUUUGGUGGGGUGAUGUUAAAGGAUGUUCAGGCCAUAUUUGGCAGUGUAAAGCAUAAAACAUUUGUACAUUUUUGUUGACAUUCCCUUUUUGGUCACGGUUAGGGACAGUUAAUUUAAUGGCAGGGUAAUAGUUUUGCCAGUUUUGUAGUGUUAUUUAUGUCUACCUUUUUAUUUGUAGUCAUUCAUAACAACAACCAAAAAAAAGUUGACAUGGGAUUGCAGUUGUUAAAUAUCGUGGAUGCUUGCACUAAACACACCUGAAAACAAAAUGAAGUACUUAAUCGAAAAGACUGCAGGGUUAAAAAUUGUAAAGAAUCAUUGGACCCGGUGGUUGCUGUUAGUGGGUUAUAGUAAUGUGUGUGACUAGCAGCUCCCCAAAAGACACUGAGAAGUUGUUAAAGGAUAGGUUUGUCAUGAGUUUUGUCUAGGGAAGUAAAUUCAACAGUUUUGCCCCUUCUUUUCUGACCAGAGCUCCUGUCACCUCUCCUCACCUUAGACCUACAAAUAUAAUCAUCUAACCUCCUCAUAUUUUUACAUUUCUUUUGUCAACUGGUUUUUAUUAAAACACAUUUAUACAUACAUACAUACAUACACUCAGUGACUUGUAUUUGUUGGUUCAAAUUUAAAUGUUGACUUGAUAAUUGGAGAAUUGGUUGUGUGUUCUGACCUGCCAAGUAGACUAGUCUUCUUGAAAGUUUUUUUUUUUUCCCCUCCAUGUUUCACAAAUCAGAUUUGAAGUCCGAUUAUGCUCUGCACAGUGCUCGGUUCUUUAGUACUGUUCUUCCUUCGUCUGAUUGAUUAAAGUGCGAACAUUCUGAAAGGUUA